UUUCCCACCUUCGAAUGCGGGAACAUGACCAUGCUGCUUUGUUUCGAAGCUUCUGUCGGCAUCUUGAUGGGAAUCUAUAUAGAUCAGCAUGCGUAUCUCUGAGCUGCCAAACAUCCAUCAACUCGUCCUUCGACUCUACGCUCUUUUAGCACUUUCCGUGCACCCACUGCUCUUCAGCACCCAGUCGCCAUGAUCUUCAAGGCCACAACCUUCAAUGCGCUAGUCGCACUUGCAUCUGCUCAGCAAACUGCAGCACCUCAAUACGAUGAUCUCGCAUCGGCCAAUGCGGCGUUGUCGUCGAUGGCCUCUGUCAACUCUGCACUCUCUGCAUCCAUGUCCGUCCUGCAAGCCCAGGUCGGCGUGGUCGCCAUCGUUGCAGGUGUUGGUUCCGGUCCAAUUACCAAGGAUAUCCAAGGUAAUGCCGGCAAGAACUUCAUCCCCGGUGCAACCAUCGCAGGCCCAGAUGGUGCUAUGGUGACAUGCCCAGCAGCCAGCUACAAUUGUCCUACGCCUUCCACAACGACCGUUGUCGUGACACAGACUGCUGCACCAGCAGUCAUCACACAAACUGUCAACGUACCUGUUGCCUUGGCGGCACCCAUCACAGUGCUCGUUGCUGGUGCAGCACAAGUCAUCACGGCCGUCGACCAGCCCAUCACCACAGUCGUUGCUGCGCGCGAUGGCACAUCGACCGUCAUUGUCGGUUCAUUCGCUACAAAUCUAGCAGCACCACAAGGGCCUGGUUUCGGUUCUGCUGGCCAUGCACCUCCCCAGGCAGGUAUCAUGCCUGGUGGUGUUCCUGCUGCUCCUGGUGCUGGCAUCGCGGGUAUCCCUACAACAACGGCCUUUGUUCUUGCUGGCUCUCGUACAGUGGCUACACUUGCCAUCUUCCCAACACUGGUCGUGUCUCCUUCGGUCAUCACAACCACGGAGAUGUACUACUCGACCACAUUGCUGACCGCGCCUCCUUCCGGUGUGACCACAUUGACUCUCGCUGAUGGUCAGGUCGUCACACUUGCUGCUGGCGCUGCUCCUCGUUCAUCCGUCUUGGCAUUGAAGAGGACAUUGACCAUGACUCGCGAUAUCACUGCAACAAGCACCACAACAAUGACUGUGACAGACCCUGUCACGACCAUUAGCUCAACUGUUGUUCAGACUUCUACCGGAACCGUCACUACUUGGAUGGCUGCGUCUUCUAUGGCAGCACUCGCAACCAUGUCCAGCAAUGGAACCUUCACCAACGGUGUGUCCUCCGGCGCCAAUGGAACCUCAGGCCUCUCUGGUGUGGCUUCUGGCAAUGCCAGUCCUGGUCUUUCUGGUGGUGCCGCUUCUGGCAACGCCACCUCUGGUCUCUCUGGUAUUCCAGCUGGCAUCGCGUCUGGCUCAAACAACACGACCACUACCAAUCUUCCCGUUCCUGCUAGCAACAGCAACAGCAACAGCAACAGCAACAGCACUGGCCUGACAGGCCCUGCUUCAACUAACAGCUCUGGUCUGCUUUCCGGUUCGAACGCUGCCCCAGCUAGCAAUGCCACAAGUGUCCUGUCUAGCAUCGUUGCAAGCAGCACUUCCGCCGACUUGACUGCAUUGCCUACCAUGCCAGUCAGUAACAGUUCAGGGAUGAUUGGCUCAAGCACUAUCGGAGCCGUCCCAUCUGCCAUUCUCGCCAACAGCUCGGUCGUCUCGUUGAGCAGCUUUGUACCUGCUGCUACAACGAUGUUGACGCUCACCUCAUCUCCCUCUGCGAGCAUGAUGGUCAGUAAUAUGAGCGCUUCCUCCACUGUGCUUUCAUCAGAGUCCAGCACCAUUGUUGCCUCGACCACUGCUGCCACGUCCACGGACAGUUCCUCCAUCGUUGUGUCGUCAUCAAGCACCGAUAUCAGUAGCGCUACUGCGACCCUGUCCGCUACCGUCACCAGUUCAAGCUCCUCUGCAAUGAUCUCAGCCACAGACUCUGCAAGCUCUACCGGUACGUCAAGCAUUGAGCCUGCAAGCACGUCAUCAGUCGUAACUUCGACUUCCACUACCACUGAUUCAUCUACUUCUGCGCUGCCCACAACGACCAGCUCUGAAGUGUUGAGCUCUUCAUCGACUUCUUCCUCUGCUAUGCCGACGAGCACGUCUGAAGUGUCAAGCUCAAGCGCGACGAGCACGACUUUCAUCUCAAGUACAGCUAGUGCCUCUGCGUCAAGUACUUCGACAAUCUAGAAAUGGAAAAGCCUUGUAUUGUGUUUACGGCCUAGCAUUGGAGCGUUUGUAGCAUUUGAAGUUCGAACAUGCAUCUUGCCCAUCUGAAUUCCUCCACU